GGGAGAAAUGGGGGAGGAACACGAGGCGCUCUGUGCAUGUGCAUUUUGUGUAGUUCCUUCAAAACCACACCCAACCGCUUUUUCACCAUGAAUCUUUCCGCAAAACUGACAUUCUUCCAUGGUCAAGCACAGUGUCUUCACUGCCUGGCCAGGUCACAAGAGAAGGCAAGUCAGACUCUGAGCUCUCGUGAGUACAUUCGCCGCGGAACAGCAAGGGCUUUCACUGCUUGUAACUAGCACGAUAUGCUGCCAAAGACUCUCGCGCGUCCUGUCAAGUCAUUCUAUUGUGAUCCAAUGAGCCAACGACAACGACGGUAGUCUUCAAGUUUAACCUGACGAUAAUGGCGAUAAUGGCGCCACCAUCUAGCCACCUCAGACGAACCGUUCCGACUCGGAAACGCAUCAAUCGCAGCAGCGCCUUUCGACCAGCUCCCCAGCGCCGCGAAUCUACAGUACCGCUCCUCAGCCUUCCCGUCCUCCUCUUACUCUUCUUCCUCCCCUCAUUCUCACAGCACGCUCGCGCAAAUCCCGCGCCUCCGCCUCAGCCCCCGUCAUUUCCGGCAUCGUUUCCGCCGUCGUUUCCGGCGCGUCCUACGAUUACUACUCUGCCGACGGCGGCGGCGACACGUCGGCAGCGCCACCAUUGCUAUCCGUUCAAUACGACGGACGCGAUGGCGGUCGCACGAAUCCAAUUCGCCAUGGCGGCGGAAGAAGCCGCGGAGAAUGCGGCCUUCGCAGCGAAGGUUGCCGCGCGCCGCGCCGCGAGACGCGCCGCAAGCGCCGCCGACACCGCCGCCGGGGGGACCGGCGUGUUUACCCGUCCAGCAGCCACGGCGUCGUCGCCCGCGACUGCGCCCGCGCAGAUUCCCCCCGGCGGCGGAGUAGCGCCUGCACCUGCGCCAGGGGCAGCGGUGGGGAGUGGCACGCCUUCCGCCAACGACUCGUUGGCGGGAAACGGUGCGCCGGCGGAAGGGGAAGGGGACAACAAAGACUCUUCGUCCUCUGCAGAGGGGGAUUUGGAUGCGCAUGAGAAGGAGGAGGCGGAGGGGGAGGAGGAGGAGGAGGAGGACGAGUGGGAUCCCAAGACGCAGACGUUGACGGAAAAGCCCAUUCUGCUGGGACCGGCGGAGUUCGUGCGCGCAGACGGCACGCGCGGAACGCUGCACGGGGGAGGUGCGCCCGGAUGGCAGCAGCGGUGGCGGGAACGGCGGAAGGCGGAAAAGGCUGCCGCCGGCGGAAGCGCGGGAGCAGCCGGUGGGGGAGCGGGUGCUAGCAGAAGAGGCGGGAUCGGAGCCGGAAUAGAAAACGGCACUGCGAAUGCGGCGACGUCAGCGUCAGCCGCGGGGAGAACGUUUUUCACCAUGGCGGGUGCGGCGGGUGAUGCUACUACUACUAGGGUGGUGCCUAUGGCAGGCACCCCGGAUAUUUCGCACACGGCGGGGUAUUUCAAGAUUAAAGCGCGCCGCGACACUCGGCUGUUCUACUACUAUUUCGAGUCGCGGGGCGACCCGAGCACGGAUCCGCUGGUGCUGUGGCUGACGGGCGGCCCGGGGUGCAGCAGCGCGUUCGCGUUACUGUACGAGAACGGGCCGUACAAUAUCAACAGCGAUGGGACGACCCUGUCUUGGAACGACAACGGAUGGGAUAUGGUGAGCAACAUCAUCUUCCUGGACCAGCCGGUGGGCACGGGGUUCAGCUACAGCAGCGACGGGCACAGGAGGAGCACGCAGCGCGGGGCCAGCAAGGACUCGUACCAGUUCCUGCAGGCGUUUCUCGCCGCCCAUCCUGACCUUCGGAGUCGCCCGUUCUUCAUCACAGGGGAGUCGUACGCCGGCAAGUACAUCCCCACCCUGGCCGCCCGCAUCAUGCGCGCCAAUAAGCGCGGCAAGCAGCCGCACAUCAACCUGCAGGGGAUGGCCAUUGGCAACGGGUUGACGAGUCCACGCACCCAGGUCAUGAGCUAUGCGCAGUUCGGCUUCAACAACGGGCUCAUGCGCUACUGGAAGUUCCGCGAGCUCAAAGCACGGGGGCGGGUCUGCCAACUCAACGACAUGAUGUGUGGAUCCCAAGGCAAGGCGACGUGUCUAGUGGCGUUCUUCGUGUGCACGUGGUACUUCAACCAGGUGCUGCUGCAGACUGGCAACGGCAACCUCAAUUACUACGACGUGCGCAAGCCCUGUGAGUUUGACAGCGGCUGCUACGACUUCAGUGCCGGCACCGCAUACCUCAACUCCGAUGCCGUGCGCCAGCAGCUGGGGGUCACCAGACAGUGGGUGGACUGCAGCGACAACGUUUACUUCGCCAUGCUCAUGGACUUUGAGCGCGACGAGACGGAGCAUGUGAGGGAGGUGCUCAACAGCGGGCUCAGAGUGCUCAUCUACGCGGGGGAGAAGGACCUCAUAUGCAACUGGAUAGGCAACAGCUGGUGGGUGAAAGGCCUCAACUGGAAGCGCCAGAGGCAGUACGGAAAGGCCAAGUACCAGCCGUUUGUGGUGGGGGGUAGCACAAAGGGCAAAGCCAAGGUUGCUGAGCCACUCACAUUCCUCAGGGUGCACGAAGCAGGCCAUAUGGUUCCUAUGGAUCAGCCUGAAGCCGCGCUUGAAAUGAUUCGUCGAUUCAUGGCCAAGGAAUCUCUUGCAGGGUAAUGCUGGAGAAUGCAAAUGCAAUGCCCUUGCUUGAGCUGAUGUUGUAAUGAGUUUGGUGUUAUGAAAUGUUGUCUUUGCCCCGCUCAAAAUAUGAGGAAAAGAAAAGAAUUGAGCAGACUGCGGAGGUGAGAGGGCUUUCAAUAUAGGCACCUUUAGCUG